UUUCUACCGCUAGAUGACUCUUCCACUAUUGAGAUGCCAAUAAAUUCGUCUGCUUCAAUCAGAUCUAAUUACUAAUUAGCAUAUGGUAAUUGCUAAAGUGGUUUUGACUGAGUGUCACGUUUUAGAACCUCCAUGCAAGUCCUGAAGGGAAAUUUGAGUUGCCCAUAUAACGUAGCUUCUGUGGUUAUUGUAGGAUUGUUCCCGAUGUUCCUCCAUGCACGUGGUUGGUGCCGAGCAUGGUGCCGAGUCACUGAUCCGGUUCACAAUAUUGUGUUGAGUUCUCAUGAAAUCAAAAUGGUCCCCUUUCCUAUGGAGCUGGUGUCAUGGAGAGAUGUCAUUAGAAUCCUUCUGUCUAAAUCCCAUUUCCCUGAGUCCUUGUGUACAUUCAUGUGAGGGUGAAUGUAUUCACGAAGACAUCCUUUCCUUGCUCUCCCACCUAGAGUUGGCUUCAUCUUUACACCUCUUUGAUCUAGUGGUCACUGGUCAGUCAUCAGUCUAUUUCAUGGCUUCUUGCAUUUGCUGGACGUACCCGCCAGAGCAACUUGGGCGACCAUUUUAAGGAAUCGAUCUUCGUUUUGGCAUAUGACUUCUUGGCUGAUGAUACUGGGCAUUGGUAUCACCAUCAACUUUUGGACCUGUGGUGUGAACGGGUCAGCUUUAUUUGCAGCUGAAGGACUGUGAUGGCGAAUGCAAAGAUUUCGGUAUCAUCAGCUUUCGGAUCUUUGGUGUGAACGGCCCAUCCUUAUUACCACACGAAGGACUCCAGUGGCAAACGCAAGAUACUGUGCACUGGUGUCGCUAUCAACUUUUGGACCAUUGGUGUGGACGGGUCAGCUUGGCAUCUGGAGUCUGCAGUGGCCAACGCAAGGUUGGCAGCCGGGAUGUUCUAAGGCCUUUUUGCGAAGCGGAAAAAAUGAGACAGGCAAUAAAAAUGAGAUGACACUGACUGCACCGAUGUCCACGAGAGAGGGAAAUCAUCCAUCAUCUAGCAUUUCGCAAAAACGUGUACGCAUGUGCACCAAUCGUGCAAUUUAAAAAAUUUAGUCGAGACUAAUCUUUGCGAUAGACUACAAUUUAAGAAUGAAAGAGAAGGUUUUGAAGAAAUAAGAGAGCAUGACCG